AUGUGCAGCAAGGCCACGACGACCCCAGAACCAGGAUGCAAGCCAAAGUCCCCUUCAUUGCCGUGUCCAAAUCACUACACCCAUCCUUACCACUUCGACGAGCUCAGACUAGGCGGCGGGUCAAACCAGCAACCGUAUUUCCGCGCUCUCGUCUUCUUCAACAAGAAACCUGAGAUUACGGAUGACUUCUUCCACGAGCAUUGGAAGAGUGUACAUGCGGAUCUGACCAUGCAGGUGCAGGAUAGCGGCGUGUUUUUGACGAGAUACGUGCAAUUCCACCAAGAAGACCAGCACAAGAUUGCCCUGGAACCGCUGCUGGAAGCAAGUAUAGGCAGCAUGCAAAUCGCGCCGUAUGAUGGGUGCGCAGAGUUCCAUGCAGAGAGCGCGGAGCACUUCGUCAGUUUCAUGAAGGGUGUAUAUGCUUCGGCGCAUCUUGUCGAGAAGACAGGAUGUGGCACACGCUUCGUGGACUUGGUCAAAGGGUACCAUGUCAUGGCCGGAUACGACAAUCUGAUCUUCGGCCCAAAGAUUCGUGGCGAGAGUGGGUCAGAUGGCAUUAUGAAGGGGGAUAAGAGAUUGAAUGUGAGCGAGAGGAUUGCAAAGAGGGUUAAGGUUGAGCCGAGGCGGAAGAGGAAGCGUGUUGAGUUUGAUGCUGAUCGGACCGGUAAUGGAGCAGAUGGAGAGGGCGUCUAG